CUGCGUCCCAUCCGGUAGUUACCGGCCCGCGGGCUAUGGCCGCCGCGGGGUGCGCUCGGCUGCUGCGCGCUGCCUCCGCGGCCCUCGGCUGCCCGGCCCGCCGCUGGCUGCUGCUCGCCGGAGCUCGCGCGGGAGCCGGCGGCCAGCCCGGGAGCUGCGGGCCGAGCGGGAGGGCCGAGCCCGGCCGGGGCGGAGGCGCGGGAGCGGGCCGGCCGCUGAGCCUGUGGGCGCCGGCGCGGAGCAGCUCAGAAGAUAAAGUAACAGUACAUUUUAUAAACCGUGAUGGUGAAACAUUAACAGCCAAAGGAAAAGUUGGUGACUCUCUGCUAGAUGUUGUGGUUGAAAAUAAUCUAGAUAUUGAUGGUUUUGGUGCUUGUGAGGGAACCUUGGCCUGCUCUACCUGCCACCUCAUCUUUGAAGAACACAUAUAUGACAAGUUACAGCCAGUCACUGAUGAGGAGAAUGACAUGCUUGACCUGGCGUUUGGACUCACAGACAGAUCACGGUUGGGCUGCCAAAUCUGUUUGACAAAAUCUAUGGACAAUAUGACUGUUCGAGUACCUGAUGCAGUGUCGGAUGCCAGACAAUCUGUUGAUGUGGGCAAGAACUCCUAAGCUAGAAUAAAUAGAAACUUUUUACACAAUUGUACCUAUUUUUAUAAUUAUUAUGUCUUUAAUAAUGGAUGAGUGGAUUUAUUAUUAUGACUAGCUUUGCUGCUUUAAUUUGCCUUAUGACUACUGAAAUUCAUAAUUCUGAAAAUAAGCAGUUUUUAUUUUAAACUACAAAAAUGUCUGUGAAAAAUGAGAAAAUAGCCAAUAGGAUAGAAACUUGACCUAUUUUCCUUCUGUAUGUGUUGAUCUGUGUCUGCUUACCUAGGAGGCGGGUUAAUGAAGGGUUACCCUUGUUUGGUGUGAAUGAAGGCAGAGACCCAGAGUAGCUUGUCUAGAACCACACAGCUGAUGAUGGAGUGUGUGCUGGAAUCUGGAUCUUGUUCCUGCAAGUCGUGUUCACCCUGGAACAGGGAAGUUACAGAUGUCCUGUUUAUACAGUAAUUAACAGUAAGUGUGUAUGGAAAUAUUUAACUGCUCAGUAAGCUGCCUAAUUUCAAAGAUAGUUAUUAACUUUAUAAAUAAAGAUUUCAAAAUUUU